CCCUAGCCCCGCCCCGGCGCUCCUGGCCGCGACCGCGUCCGCGUCGUCGUCUGCGAUCCCGGCGCUGACGUGUCUGGGCGGUCGGCUUCCACUCCUCCAGGCGCCGGCAGCCACUAGUCGUGGCGAGAGGGGCGGGGUGGCCGGGGCUGGCGCUCCCCUUGGCCCCACUCCCGGCCCGCCCCGCCGCCGCGGCCCCCCGGAUGAGGGUAUAUAUUCGGAGCGGGCGCGGGACGCCGAUGAGCGGCCGCGCGGAAGGAGCUGGAGACGGGCGUAGCUGCGGUCGCGCCGAGGAAGGUUUACAGGUACAUACAUUAUACCCCUAUUUCUACAAAGCUUGGCUAUUAGAGCAUUAUGAACAUUAAUGACCUCAAACUCACAUUGUCCCAAGCUGGGCAAGAGCACCUACUACGUUUCUGGAAUGAGCUUGAAGAAGCCCAACAGGUAGAACUUUAUGCAGAGCUCCAGGCCAUGAACUUUGAGGAGCUGAACUUCUUUUUCCAAAAGGCCAUUGAAGGUUUUAACCAGUCUUCUCACCAAAAGAAUGUGGAUGCACGAAUGGAACCUGUGCCUCGAGAGGUAUUAGGCAGUGCUACAAGGGAUCAAGAUCAGCUCCAGGCCUGGGAAAGUGAAGGACUUUUCCAGAUUUCUCAGAAUAAAGUAGCAGUUCUUCUUCUAGCUGGUGGGCAGGGGACAAGACUCGGCGUUGCAUAUCCUAAGGGGAUGUAUGAUGUUGGUUUGCCAUCCCGUAAGACACUUUUUCAGAUUCAAGCAGAGCGUAUCCUGAAGCUACAACAGGUUGCUGAAAAAUAUUACGGCAACAAAUGCAUUAUUCCAUGGUAUAUAAUGACCAGUGGCAGAACAAUGGAAUCUACAAAGGAGUUCUUCACCAAGCAUAAGUACUUUGGUUUAAAAAAAGAGAAUGUAAUCUUUUUUCAGCAAGGAAUGCUCCCUGCCAUGAGUUUUGAUGGGAAAAUUAUUUUGGAAGAGAAGAACAAAGUUUCUAUGGCUCCAGAUGGGAAUGGUGGUCUUUAUCGGGCACUUGCAGCCCAGAAUAUUGUGGAGGAUAUGGAGCAAAGAGGCAUUUGGAGCAUUCAUGUCUAUUGUGUUGACAACAUAUUAGUAAAAGUGGCAGACCCACGGUUCAUUGGAUUUUGCAUUCAGAAAGGAGCAGACUGUGGAGCAAAGGUGGUAGAGAAAACGAACCCUACAGAACCAGUUGGAGUGGUUUGCCGAGUGGAUGGAGUUUACCAGGUGGUAGAAUAUAGUGAGAUUUCCCUGGCAACAGCUCAAAAACGAAGCUCAGAUGGACGACUGCUGUUCAAUGCGGGGAACAUUGCCAACCAUUUCUUCACUGUACCAUUUCUGAGAGAUGUUGUCAAUGUUUAUGAACCUCAGUUGCAGCACCAUGUGGCUCAAAAGAAGAUUCCUUAUGUGGAUACCCAAGGACAGUUAAUUAAGCCAGACAAACCCAAUGGAAUAAAGAUGGAAAAAUUUGUCUUUGACAUCUUCCAGUUUGCAAAGAAGUUUGUGGUAUAUGAAGUAUUGCGAGAAGAUGAGUUUUCCCCACUAAAAAAUGCUGACAGUCAGAAUGGGAAAGAUAACCCUACUACUGCAAGGCAUGCUUUGAUGUCCCUUCAUCAUUGCUGGGUCCUCAAUGCAGGGGGCCACUUCAUAGAUGAAAAUGGCUCUCGUCUUCCAGCAAUUCCCCGCAGUGCUACAAAUGGGAAGUCAGAGACCAUCACAGCUGAUGUCAAUCACAACUUGAAGGAUGCCAAUGAUGUACCAAUCCAGUGUGAAAUCUCUCCUCUUAUCUCCUAUGCUGGAGAAGGAUUAGAAAGUUAUGUGGCAGAUAAAGAAUUCCAUGCACCUCUAAUCAUCGAUGAGAAUGGAGUUCAUGAGCUGGUGAAAAAUGGCAUUUGAACCAGAUACCAAGUUUUGUUUGCCACGAUAGGAAUAGCUUUUAUUUUUGAUAGACCAACUGUGAACCUACAAGACGUCUUGGACAACUGAAGUUUAAAUAUCCACAGGAUUUUAUUUUGCUUGUUGAACUCUCACAGCUAUUGCAAACUUCCCAAGAUCCAGAUGACUGAAUUUCAGAUAGCAUUUUUAUGAUUCCCAACUCAUUGAAGGUCUUAUUUAUAUAUUUUUUUCCAAGCCAAGGAGACCAUUGGCCAUCCAGGAAAUUUCGUACCGCUGAAAUAUAGGCAGGAUGUUCAACAUCAGUUUACUUGGAGCUGGAAGCAUUUGUUUUUGAAGUUGUACAUAGUAAUAAUAUGUCAUUGUACAUGUUGAAAGGUUUCUAUGGUACUAAAAGUUUGUUUUAUUUUAUCAAACAUUAAGCUUUUUUAAGAAAAUAAUUGGGCAGCAAAAUAAAUGUAUCUUGUCUCUGGA